GAGAAUUUAUAAAUAUUAUUACUAAAUAAAUUAUUAGUUACUUUUGUUUUGGAUCAUAUAUCUAGACAUUAAUUUUUUAGAACGGUGGAGAUUAUAAUGUAGCAAAAAAAAAGGUUGUAAUGAUUGACCGUAGAUCCACGCUGUUCCAAGCUGGACAUAAAAGCGAAAAACGAGCAAUAAAUCCAGCUAAGCAGUAAAAUUGGAGCAGGACUCUCUUCUUUCUUUCUUCUUCUUCUUUACCUUUUAGCGCUCGAAAGUCGAAACGUCCUCUCUCCUUACUCUGAUUGUCUCCUCUCUAGAAAACCAGAAAAAAUAAAAUUAAAAAAAAUCCCAAAUCAAUUUUAACUCAAAAUCGUAUUGUUCCUUCUCCCCUUGAUUCUGUGUUGAAGAUCGGGUCGAAUUCGGGUUAGGGUUUUUCGAUUCCCCAACUUCAAAUCUUCGCAGCUAGGUGAUUUUGAUCAGGAUGCCUUCCCGUAGGAGAACCCUUUUGAAGGUCAUCAUCCUCGGCGACAGCGGGUCAGUCAACCUUUGAAUUCCUUAUUCCUUGGGUUUCUUUCUAUUCACCUGCAAUCUGAUGAAGAUCUAGUUAUAGUUUUAGUUAUUCUUUUUUUUUUUUUUUGGAAAAGGGUAGUUUUAGUUAUUUAUCUAUCCAAUUGAGCACGGGGUUUCGUUAUUUUACUGAUCUGAUUUAAUAUUGCAAUUCUGUAUGCUACUGUAUUCCAAUUUAUAAGACUAGUGAUGCGGAUUUUGUGUGGCUGUUCUUUGCAGGGUGGGGAAGACGUCAUUGAUGAAUCAGUAUCCUUAGCAAUGGAGUUCCUUUCACAUUUGAAGUUUCUCUGUGGUGGUGUAUUGUAUGUUUUUAGGUUUACUUGCUUUUUUGGGCUGUGGCAGUUAUACUUUUAGGAUAUAAUCUUUCAGCUUGCUUGUUAGUCUGGAUUUUUGGGUUGUUUGCCUUAAUGCCUAACUUUAGGUAUGUAAACAAGAAGUUUAGCAAUCAGUACAAGGCAACUAUUGGUGCUGAUUUCUUGACAAAGGAAGUGCAGUUUGAAGAUAGGCUCUUUACUUUGCAGAUCUGGGACACGGCCGGGCAAGAAAGGUUUCAAAGCCUUGGUGUUGCUUUUUACCGUGGUGCUGAUUGCUGUGUUCUUUGUUAUGAUGUGAAUGUAAUGAAGUCCUUUGAUAAUCUAAAUAAUUGGAGGGAAGAAUUCCUUAUUCAGGCUAGCCCUUCUGAUCCAGAAAAUUUUCCAUUUGUUGUGCUGGGGAACAAGAUUGAUGUUGAUGGCGGCAAUAGUAGAGUUGUGUCUGAGAAAAAGGCGCGAGCCUGGUGUGCCUCGAAGGGAAAUAUUCCAUACUUUGAGACCUCUGCCAAAGAUGGCGUAAAUGUGGAAGAAGCUUUCCAAUGCAUUGCGAGGAAUGCCUUAAAAAGUGGAGAAGAAGAAGAAAUGUAAGUGGGAAUAACUGCUGCUUGCUAAUUCUUAAAACAAUAGAACUGGUACAAAAGAUAAGCGACUAGUUAGUUACAUCUAAGAUAUCUGGAAGUGAAAUGGAUUUUAUGCUUGAGAUGUAAUGAAAUUGGUCAUUUAUUAAAUCUCUGCACUUUCUGUUCUUGACUUCAUGGUCAUGAUGGAUUUUUCUUUCGUAGCUAGAUAAUAUGGGCUUGGUGUGAUUGCAUUUUCAACUUUAUGCCUGUUGGAAUUCAUUUAAUACUCAAUCCUUAUGAAAAUUGUACCCGUCUGUUCAUUCUUAUAUUUGCUGAUGUCUCCGAUGAACAUCCACACUAUUCCUGAUCUUUAUGUUACAUUUACCUUGCUUUUAGUAGUGUGAUUGCUGGAUGAGACUUUGCUUCCCCACCAUAGGAAAUAGGGAAUCAGGAGGAACAAUUAUGAAUCUGUGAUCAGAGUCUUGAAAAUUAUGUUACUGCAUCUAUAAUCUCUUUAUACUUGGUAUCCUAGAUUUAAUUUCGCUGGAAAAUUAAAGCAAUCUUACAUUGUCCUUUCAUGUUAUGGACACUAUUGUAGAUACUUGCCGGAUACCAUUGACGUGUCAAAUACAAGCCAGCAGAGGUCAACUGGAUGUGAAUGUUGAAAUUGAUAUUCUAUCUUUAGAAGAGAAGUACUUGGAAGAUUGAAGUGGUUUAUGCUGCCGUUUGGGCUCUUUUUCAUCUUGUUUAUGGAUUCUUUGCAGCUGAACAUGUACAUUAUUUUUUCUGUAAGAAGCUUAUACUGUCUCUGGUUUUCUCAAUCUGAACGUGCGUCUAUGUAUUUAUUUACUGGUCGUUCUGGUAGUGCUGCACGGUGUUUAAAGUCCAGUCCAUUUUUCUGUCAUGAUAUGUUUGUUUUUAGUCUUCUCGCCUUACCUUCUUCUCACUGCAUUGGGAUAAUUAUAUUUGGUUGACUUCUGUGGUGCCAAGUUUGUGAGAUCCUUGCCCUCAAAUUGAAAGAGCUUUGUUGCCACCAAUCAUAUCUAUGUAGAUACCCAUAUU